AAAAAAAAAAAAAUUAUAUUAAUUAUCUAUUUUAUAUCAUGAUGAUAUUAAAAUUUUUGACAAAAAUUUCAGUUAUUAUAUUUUUUCUUCAAACUUUAUUAAUAUCAAUAAUAACAGCUCAGGAUGUAACAAAAAAUCUUUAUGAUAAUAUAGUGGCGGAUGGACCACAAUUAUUAGCUUUAGGUGCAGUUUUAAAUACUAUACCAAAAUUCGUUACGACAUUAAAAUCAGUUGGUCCAUACACAUUCUUUGCUCCUAGUAACAAUGCAUUCGAAAGUAUAAAUGCGACACCAGAUGAAAUUGAACAAAUUUUAAACUAUCAUUUAAUACCCGGAAAAUUUCUUUUAAAAGACUUCCCUUCGAUAUCAUAUCCAAAAUCUAUGUUUGUCAUGGCACCACCGGCUACAGGAGCUAAAGAGGCAAAAGGAGCUAAUGUGGGUACAGGCCAACCUAUAGUUGUAGAGAAAUUGCCUGCUGGUGGAAUAGGAAUUAGGAGUGGGUUGACAUCUGCUAAUGUGUUAGUGGUUGAUCAAGUUGCGAGUAAUGGUGUCAUUCAUAUCGUAGACAAAAUCUUGGAGCUUCCAAAGACACCAAUGCAAACACUGUUACAAAGUGAUCGGUUUAAAUCAAUGGCUAAAAUUCUUCAAAGUGAAAAUUAUGGUAAUUUAGCUGAUGAAAUAGCAAAAGUCAAUGAUGUAGGCGUAACAAUAUUGGCUCUAACAGAUGAAGUCAUUUUUAAUAGCGCUCCAAAGGAAAUUGCAAAGAAUUUAAGCCUUAUUAAUCCCAUAUUUUCUUAUCAUAUCAUACCAAAACAAAUAAUUUAUUCCGGUUCUGUUGAAAAUGUUGUAACGGCAAAAACUUUAAAAGAUGAAAUAAUUACAUUUACGAGAGAUAAUGGUGAAUUAUACGUUGGAAAUGCUAUCACAAAAGCUAAAAUUAUUCAAGCGGAUUUAAUAACUUACAAUGGUGUAUUACAUGUUAUUAAUAAUGUUCUCAUACCACCAAAUAUUCAAAUAACGCCUGAGGGAAAUCCUACAGUUCCUUUACCAUCACCAUCACCUUCUGUUAUUUCAACCAAACCUCCUUCAAGUCCUUCUGAAAGUCCUAAACCUAUUCCUGUCGAAAAUUCUUCGUCUAAUGUUGGGAUUAUAGUAGCUUCUGCUUUAGGUGGAAUUGUCGGUGGUGGUCUCAUCAUGAUUGGUGGAUUUUUCUUAAUAUAUAAAAAAUAUAUCAAAAAAGCUAAAAAUAAUCAAGGAUUAUUUCCUUAUACUCUCGGUCAUAAUAACAUUAAUAGUCAACCAUCUCAUUAUUCCAAUUAUUCUAAUUAUUCUCAUACAAAUUCUAAUGAUAAUUAUUCUGUUCCAACUACGAAUCGAGACAUUCGCUCAUUAUAUAUUGGUAGUGAAUAAUUAAAAGUUGUAUAUGACGUAUUCUCUGAGGAAAAAAAAAAUAUCAAAAUUUUUUUUCAUUAAAAAAAAAUGUAGAUUAUUA